UGAGUCAAUAUCUCAACAUUUCUGUGCUUCACAUUUAAUAUUAAAUUUCUGUCCAAAGCCAUAAAUCACAAUAGCUUGUAAAAUUCUGUUUGCUUUUCUGUCUUUCUCAAUUUUUCCCAUCUGAUUUGUUUCUCACUUCUCUCCCUGUGCCUCAAUUCUUUCCUAUAUCACCGUUUCUGUUCUUUCUCCCUUCGCGUUUUCAAUGCAAGCUGUUCACAGCAUCAUCUCUACACCUAUCGCUUGUUUUUUUAAAUGCAGGUAGACAGAGAUGCAGUUCCACAUCUGCCCUCUUUCUUCACUUUCAUCUUGCUGUCCUUCUGUGUAUAAAAUGAAGGUUGGAUGUUAGGGAAAAAGAAAAACCUAAGCUAGGGAAAGUUGUUAGUAACAGCACCAACUAAGCUAGCUACUAACUAAUACUAACUAACAUAACUACUAAAACAAAUUUGAGCUGUAGACCCUUUUGGUGUAAGUAGCAGCUGGUGUAAACAUGUACAAGCAAAGAAGGGUCAGUGUGAAGAAAGUUCUUCAUCUUUGUGUUGUUUCUUAUACUGGUCAGUUCUAGUCAGAGUUUUCAAAUGGAAGGAACAGCACUAAUAUACACCGAUGAGCAAAAACAUUAUGACCACCUGCCUAAUAUGUUGUUGGUCCUCCACGUUGCCAGCAGAACAGCUCUGACCCCUGAAGCAUGGACUCCACAAGACCUCUGAAGGUGCCCUGAUGUAUUAGGCACGAAGACUUUAGCAGCAGAUCCUUUAAGUCCUGUAAGUUGCAAGGUGGAGCUGCUGAAGAUCGGACUUGGAUCGGACUUUUUGUUCCAGCACACACACACACAUGGAUAUACACAUAGAUCCAGACGUAUACACUGAUACUUACAAAGAUACAGUUAUUUGCGGCAUUAAUCAGAUACAGAUGCAGAUAGUGGCUUUCCUACCCCAUCAUUGACAGUCUUCAUAUAGUGCUACUACAGUCUCCACUAGAUGGCGAUACAACUCAGCAGGAAAUAUUUACAGUAAUCCAGCAGUGGUGUUCAGCCUUUAUUUCAUAAUACACCUGACUGAACUCAUGGUCAGAGCAGGUAAAUCACAAAACUGUGUUGGAUCUACUGGGCAGAAACUGAGAAUGAUUUAAUAGUUUGUUAAACACAAAAUUCCUGAGGCUCAACAUUUCAUUUGCUAAUUACUAUUAAUAAAUAUUAAAUAAUGCUCUGCCUAAUUUAACCACCUGGAUGCUGUUCAUUGUUUUAUUUUUUUUUUCUGAAAAAAUGAAAACGAAGUCCCUAUUUUCUUUAUUCCCCAUUCACAAAUAUCCUACAUGUUUAACCUCAGGGGCUUUGUGUAUUUUUUUCUUUUGUUGAAAGGUCUCAUUCAGCUUGUACUGUAUCUUAUUACUGUCUACAGGGCCUGUGUCCAGGAAACCAGAGGUAAUCUAAUCCUUCUCAUGUCCAAAGAAGGGCUAGGUUAUCCUACUCACACCCUUAGCUAUAGGUAAACGCUCCUAUCAUAUACAUAUAUCUUUUUAAAGAAAUUCAGUGGUUUGUAGAGAAUACCUGUUUUCUUUGUGUUGUGUGUUGAGAACAUUGUGAGUCUGAAUCUUUCAGCCGUUGCAUUAGAGAUCACUGAGAUGGAAAAGAAGUGGAGCAAGUGGAAGCGACAGCAUUCAGAGGACAACAUGGUUUCUGACAGAGGCCUGAGCUAUUCCCUGGAUUGUGGAGGAUCCCCGGGGAAGUCCAAAGAGUAUAAAAUGAGGAGGAGUUCUGAGAGCAUGAAGAGUCGUGUCCUGGAUGAAUCACACUUUGAACUCCUUAACAAGAACCUCCAGAGAAGCAGCUCCAUACGAACCACCAGCACAAUAGAUGAGGAGGGGGCUGAUCGUUCAGACGGACCUCUUAAUCGCAGUAGUUUCAAGAACCAUAGCAAAACAUUCCACAAACAUUUCCCAGAAAUCUCUGAGAUGGAGGAUCUGAUUUAUGCUUUCACCUGUGCCCUCCAAAAGGAAGUGCUCUACCAUGGCAAGAUGUACGUGUCACACCAGCAUGUGUGUUUCUACUCCUCUGUUCUCCUGAAAGAGACCAAGGUUCAGAUACAUAUGUCCACAAUCCAGAUUAUAAAGAAGAAGAACACAGCACGGGUUGUACCCAAUGCAAUCUCCAUCAUCACCAAAACUGGAGACAAAUAUCUGUUUGGGUCGUUACGGAAUCGAGACGUGUGUUUCAAUGUCCUGAGGUCUAUAUGUCCACAGCUACAGAAUGCAAGUCUUCAAAUGUCUCCUGUAGAAAACGGCCAUGAACUGGAAGUCGACGCAAUUUCCAGUCACUCCAGUCAGGAGGACAGUACAGACCCUCACAGGUUCUCUGUCUCAGGGCAGGACAGGAAGACGAGCAGCAAUGUUCCUCCCUUGUCGUCAGUCUCUAACAUUUCCCACGUCGAAGCAAGAAACAACUCCACAUCAUGCAACAGCACCAACAGAGAUGGCCACUCUUCAGAGGAGAACACAGCUGUCUCCUGGGUGGCCAUGGUAACGGAGAAGAUCAGAUCUUUCCUCUCCGUGGGAGGCACGACCAGCGUCAACAAACUCGUCACUGUCUAUCUCAUACUAGUUCUGCUCCUGGUCCUGUCAUCUGGCUACAUUGGUCUGCGUAUUGCCGCUUUGGAAGAGCAGCUGAGCACACUUGGAGCAACGACUGAGUUUGGCCUACAGAGAUCGUAUAAGGAAACAUAACACCUUGCCUGCAUGAAGAGCCUGAAACAUCCUGGAGGAGUCAAAACAAAGAACUUUCCAUCUCUUAACGUGCAGCACAACACAAGUCUUCACUGGCACAGUGAACUGACCGAGAAUGAAUCUGAAAACAGCAGACUUUAUUUCCCUGGAGGUCUGCUCAGACUCUGGUUCCAGCCAUGUCCCAAGUAGUGCACUGCAUUUGGUGGUGGUGUAACCAAAUAGAGAAUUAACUCUUUAAUGCAUGGCAUCCACCCUCAGGUACAGCUGAAUUAAAAGUGGAUUGAAUUGGAUUUUUUUUAGGAAAGUAUUAGAUACAAAUAUAUGUAAUAUGCCUCUACAGCACUUGGUGGCAAAGACAUUAGAUCAUUACUAUUCUGUAACACAAACCAUUAUUCUGAUCAGGGUUGCCAGAGUCAUGUUUUUAUGCCAAAUUUGGCUACGUCUGAAGCAAAGUUGCAGUUGGAAAGCAUGUCUGUAGGUAAAAUUAGAUCUUGUUUUAAAGCAAAUAAUCUGAAUUAAUUCUAAUCAAUUUCAAACACAGGAUAUGACGAAAAAAGGGAAAGUGUUAGUGCAGACAGUGUAUCUUUCAUUUCUGUUUUAAUGUGGUUAAUGUCCAUACCAAAUGAUAAAAAGGUGUAUUGUAGAUAUUGCAAGUCAGAAAUGUGUGUACACCAUUACACCCAUACAAAGAGUAAGAAAAACAAGGAUAAUGCAUUUCCCUUUUCCAGUAUCUGAACUUUUGGGGCUAAUUUCAGGACAUACUUAUGGUUUUUGAAAUGUAGCUGGGCUAGAAAUUUCGAUGAGACCUGGCAACCCUGAUCCUGAUACAUAUCCCAAUCUCUCAAUCCAGAAUGCCUGAUUGUCAGAGAUAUUCCGCACACCGAAUAUAUUUCUCCAUAGAAGUUUGAAUUUUUAUUUAAAUUUUGAAACCAACUGUCCACAGACAUGCACAUUAUCCAGCAACAGUCUUUUGGACAUGUCCUGGAUAAAAUUGCUCUUUUUUUUUUGUUCAAAUUAAAACAUUUUAAGCUUUAGUAAUUUAAGUAGUAAUUAAAUUUAAGUAGGUGAGUAAUUAAAUUUAAGUAGUAGUAAAUUUAAGUAAUUUAAGUUAGAAUAAAAAUUACUCUAACACACCUGAAGCUCAUCAAUGGCUUGAUAGUGAGACUACACUGGUCUAUACAAUAAAAAUAAGUACAAUGUUAAUUUACUGUUAGUAGUACAUUAAUAUUUAUACUUCCAACUAGGGACACUGUAGACCACUUAAUUAUAUUACAUAUUUUUUGAAACAGAAUCUUAAUUUUUUUAUUUGAAUAUUGUUUGUUUUAUAUUUUAGACCUACUAUUAAUGAAUGAAUUAAUGCGUGGGACAUGCUGAUUUUUUUUUUCUUUCUUUUUUUUUUUUUUUUUUGCUACGUAUAGAUACCUAACUUCCCUUGGCCUAGCUUGUUUAGGCCUGUAAGCUAAAUAUCAUUAAUGGUGUGAAAAUUCACUACACCAGUACUGAGCCAGAAAUAGUUUUUUUUUUUUCCCUUUUGCACUCAACAACCUGGUUGUAUAAACAGAAUUAUUCUGCUUCAUCAGUUCUCUGUCUGUAAUGUACUUGCACUGUUAUCUGUUUUUAUUUUCAUGAGCUUCUCUUUCUGUUUGUCUACUGUGGUUUGAAAAAAUUUUUCUGAUAUUCAGUUCUGUUUUUCACAUGUUGUACACCGAUUCUCAGUGGACACCUAAUUGUAAGUUUAAAUGUUUGUGUUCUGUUCUUCAUUAAAUGUUUGUGCUUUGUUCUUCCAGCCUAAUGAUUUAUUACCUAUAGCUACAUGUAUCUUUAAAUUACACAGAAUUAUAUUUGAAGUACUAUGUUA